AUCCAGUUGCCUGAGAUGAAAAAAGCUCUGAAUCUCUCUUACCACCCCAAGAUCUUUAGUUAAGUUGUUAAAGUUUUCAUUUCACCAUAUAUAGUUUUUUGUUUUCUUCUUUUUUUUUUCGAGAUUUUACCAUUAUAGGCCUAGCUACAUGCAUAAUCUAGAUAUUUAAUAGAUAUAAUUGAAUAUUACCUCAUUACGCGGCUGCCAGAUUUGUUGAUACUAUCUAUCACAUGAUUCACACACACACGCUCGACACAUGGAUAUGUUUGUAUUUACAUAUAGUUUGAUAUAUAUACAGCCGAGAGCGUAUGUACGUAUAAUGAGAGAUUAAUUUGUAUAUAUAUAUAUAUAUAUUGGAUCUUAAAAGAAAAAGAAGAGAGAGAGAGAGAGAGAGGCGUGGAGGAGAUGGAGAUGGAGAAAUACAAACCGGUGAUGGCGUUAGUGAUGCUGCAGUUCUUAACGGCAGGAGUUGCACUUUUCACCAAAGCUGCUUUCAUGGAAGGACUCAAUCCCACCGUCUUCGUCGUUUACCGUCAAGCCCUCGCCACUCUCUUCAUCUGUCCCAUCUCUUUCUUCUCUGCUUGGAGGAAGACAAACAAACCUUCUCUUGGAGUUAGAGGCUUUUGGUGGGUGGCUUUCACGGCUGUUGUUGGCGUGACUGUGAAUCAGAACGCUUAUUUUGCAGGGAUUAACUUGUCUUCAUCAUCCAUGGCUUGUGCCAUGACAAAUCUUAUUCCUGCCGUCACCUUUAUUAUCUCCAUCAUUGUUGGGUUAGAGAGGAUAAGGAGGAGAAGUGUGAGAAGUUUAGCAAAAGUUAUAGGAACAUGUGUGUGCGUGGGAGGAGCCAUGGCAAUGACCUUUCUCAGAGGUCCCAAAUUGCUCAACGCUCUGUUGCACCAAGACCACACCAACUGGUUACUCGGUUGCAUCUGUCUUCUCAUUAGCACAUUCGUCUGGUCCCUUUGGUUGAUCCUUCAGGUUCCCAUUGCCAGGCACUGUGAUGAUCACUUGUACACUUCUUCUUGCACUUGUUUCAUGGCUACCGUAUCCUCUUUCCUCAUGGCUCUCGCCUUUGGCAAGACUGAUUUACCGUCUUGGAAGCUUGAUUCUUCCUUGCAAAUCUCAUGCUGCAUGUUCGCUGGAUUCCAACUCGCGGUGUCUUUCUUUCUACAAGCUUGGUGUGUCUCGCGGAAAGGACCUCUUUUCUCUGCCCUCUUCAACCCUCUUUCUACAGUCAUCGUCACUUUCUUCGGUGCUCUGUAUUUGAAAGAACAGACUUACCUCGGGAGCUUGUUGGGCGCUUUGGCGGUCAUUCUUGGUCUCUACAUUGUUCUCUGGGGCAAAUCCGAAGACUAUCAAGAAGAAGCUAAAGACCUGAAAUUGCAAAAUGAACACACCAAUCUCUCCCAAUCUGACAGUGUUCCUGUCGUGAUUGUUGAUAAGGCCUUUCGUAGUUCAGAGCUCUUAGAGCCUCUUCUCAUGUGAGUUCUAUUAAAGUCGGUUCUAGAUGGUGUAAGGGGAAGUUUUGACAAAACAAAGUAAAACAUGUGGGGAUUUUUUAAGGAAAACUGCAAAAUGAAAUGGAACUUGAUUCACAAAA